AUGUCAGGUAUCAACAUCAACAUCAAUCUGAAUCUAGAUAAGAAUAAGUAGAGUUAUAUUUAUAAACUAGAGAGUUGCCAAAAGCAAAGCAGAUAAAAUUUGCAAUGGAGAACCAAAAAAAAAGAAGAAGAAGAAGAAAUUAAACAAAUCAAAAUAAGCAACAUAUUCUCCUAUUCCUUGGGGAUUAAAUUAAGAAAGACUUAAAAAAUACAUCUAUGCUCAAAUGGUUAAGAGAGACAAUCUAUUGUAUCAAGAACAAUUAAGGAAAGUUAAAUUUGAAGAACCAAAAUAAGAUCGUAGAGAAAUUUUAGGAGUCUCAUUUUUAAAUCAUCUACCUAAAAGAAAAAUUAAAUAGAUGAUAAAUAGUAGUAAACUUGAAUAUGAUUUAUUCUUUUAGAGUAAAAGAUUAAUGAGGAUGAGGAAUAAAUGUAUUAUUAACCAAAAUUUAAUGAAUAAUAAAUACAGGAAAUUAGAAUGUAUUAAGAAUGGAAACGAAAACAAAUUUAAUUUGAAUUGUAAUUCAAAAAAUAAUAAGAAUUACAAAGAUAAUCUAAAAUCUAAUAAAACUUAUAGAAUUUAAACGAAUAUAUUAAAUGUAAAUACAAAACAAUAAUUUACAAUAGAUCGAAAUCAUACAACAUCUGUACAUCAAAAGAAAUCAGUGUCUUUUCAUUAGAAAAAACGACCAAAAUCAUCUAUGGAUGAUAAGAAAAGAGAAUUAGUUAUUAAAUAUUAAAAUAUAGCAGAUAGAUAUGCUUAAUUUAAUAGAGAUACAAGAGAUAAUUAAAGUUGUUUAGGUUUGGUAUUGGAUAGUGAAUAAGAAGGUAUUUCUUAAAUGGAUUCAAUUCAUAAAAGCACUAGAAGAUAAAAUGUUAUUAUAUCUGAACCAUCAUUAGAUGAAGAUGAAGAAUAAUAAAUAUUAGAAUUGGGAAACUUAGAAAAAGAAAUGGCUCAAAUUAUAAAAGCAGCAAUAAUCAUUUAAAAAUUUUGGAGAGGUUAUAGAACAAGAAAUGAAUUAUAAUAUUAUUAGAAUUUUUUAGAUGAAGAUGAAAUGAAAUUGAAUUAAUUAACACCAAAUUUAAAUUAGACAUAAUCUUAUUUAUAACCUAUAAGCUAAUUAGAAAAGGAAUAAAGUGGAUUAAAUUCUUCUUAGAAGAGAAUUAAUAAAAAUGGAUUCAAUACUUUUAUUCAUAAAUUAGAUUGGGAUGAAGAUAAAGAAAGUCAAUUUAGUUAAUAAAAGGUUUCAUCAAUUAAGAAAUUAUCAUAAUAGAAAUCACUUCAUAAAAUAAUCAUCUAAAAGUCAAAAUAAUAAUGGCAUCUUAUGUUAGAAUAGAUUUCAUAACUAUAAAGAAAGGGUUCUAAAUAAGAUAUUAAGGAAGUAUUAUAAGAUUUGAAAACAUUUACUUUAUAAAUUGCAAAAGAAAUAGAUGGAGAAAUAAAUAUAAAUAAUGUAGAAAAAUAAUAAUAAUAACCUUAAUAAUAAUAAUAAUAAUAAUAAUAAUAAUAAUAAUAAUAAUAAUAAUAAUAAUAAUAAUAAUAAUAAUAAUAAUAAUAAUAAUAAUAAUAAUAAUAAUAAUAAUAAUAAUAAUAAUAAUAAUAAUAAUAAUAAUAAUAAUAAUAAUAAUAAUAAUAAUAAUAAUAAUAAUAAUAAUAAUAAUAAUAAUAAUAAUAAUAAUAAUAAUAAUAAUAAUAAUAAUAAUAAUAAUAAUAAUAAUAAUAAUAAUAAUAAUAAUAAUAAUAAUAAUAAUAAUAAUAAUAAUAAUAAUAAUAAUAAUAAUAAUAAUAAUAAUAAUAAUAAUAAUAAUAAUAAUAAUAAUAAUAAUAAUAAUAAUAAUAAUAAUAAUAAUAAUAAUAAUAAUAAUAAUAAUAAUAAUAAUAAUAAUAAUAAUAAUAAUAAUAAUAAUAAUAAUAAUAAUAAUAAUAAUAAUAAUAAUAAUAAUAAUAAUAAUAAUAAUAAUAAUAAUAAUAAUAAUAAUAAUAAUAAUAAUAAUAAUAAUAAUAAUAAUAAUAAUAAUAAUAAUAAUAAUAAUAAUAAUAAUAAUAAUAAUAAUAAUAAUAAUAAUAAUAAUAAUAAUAAUAAUAAUAAUAAUAAUAAUAAUAAUAAUAAUAAUAAUAAUAAUAAUAAUAAUAAUAAUAAUAAUAAUAAUAAUAAUAAUAAUAAUAAUAAUAAUAAAUAAAUGAAAUUAGAUAAAUUAUGGGAUCAGAAAAUUUAUUUAAAUUAUCAUAAAUUUCAUCUCCUGCUAAUAAAGAUGCUUCUUUAUUUGAAUAGAAUCCAUUUUAUGAUUUUGCAUCAAAUAAAUUUAGAGAGCUUCUCAAUCCAGAAAAUAUGAAUAAAUUAAUAAAAAUGAGAGAAAUAGCAAUUGAAGAAAGACAUAAAAAUGAAAUUGAAAAUAUUCAUUAAGCUUUAUAAUAAAAGUAAAUUAGUUUAAAAACAUUUGAAAAAUAAAAAUUCAAAAUUGAAAAAUGGGUUACAAAAGAAAAAGAAGACUUUAAAUAAUAAAAAUAAAAUAUUGAAAUUGGAUGGAAAGGUUUAUAUGAAUCUUUUAUUAGAACUUAAAAAGAUUUGCUAUUUAUGUCUAAAUUGAAAAAUUAGUAAUUAACUUCUUCAUUCUCAAGUGAAAAAAUAACUAAUAUAAGAUCAAUCAAAGAAAUCAAUUCAGUUUCUUAAUCAAAAAUAGUUAAAACUAAUAAUUUUGAUACUGUGACUAUGAAUUUUAGUUCUUCUAUUUGUGAAUCAUAAGAUAUUAGAAAAGUUCCAAAAUCUACUCCUUCUCCAUCUCCAUAUCAAUAAUAAAAAUAAAUUUAUGAAUAAUUGGAAUGGGAUGAUGAAAUGUUGUACACUAGUGAUGUUUUAGAUUGUGCUAAAAUUCAACAACCUUAAGUCAUUAAAGUAUCUUCACUUAUCCAAAAGUAACCUGAAUAUGAUGAUUCUCAAAUAUAAUCAUAUUGCAUUUUAAUUGCAAAUUCAAUAAUUGGAAAUGAAAUUUAAGAUAUGUAUGAAGAAUUAAAGAUUUAUAAUAAAGAUAUCACAAAAUCAAUAAAAUUACAAGAGUUAAAAGGAAUCAAAUCAAAUAUUUCAUAAGUUAAGAUCUAUUUAACUAGAUUAGAAUAAUACUUUUUAUAAUCUGAUAAGAAAAACCAAUUAAUUUAAAGAAUAAAUACUCCUUUAGGACCAACUCCAAAAGAAAUCUUGAAAUUUUUCCAUUAUUAUGAUGAAGAAGAUGAUUAUUAAUCAAGUGAAUAAGACUAUUCAAAUUAAGCUAUCUUAACGACAGAAUAAUAUGCAUAAUUAGAAAAUUAACUUAUGGAAGAAGAAUUAAUGUAAUCAGAUGAUGGAUUUUUAUUGGAAUUAGAGCAUAUUCAUAAUAAAGUGUUGUUUGAUGCACUUAAUGAAGCUUUGGAUGAUUAUAGACCAUUUGGAUUAAAUGGUUUUCCCUUGCCCUGGAUUAAACAGCCUUUAGAAUUAAUAUAAAGGUAAUAAAUAUUAAUAAUUAUUAUAGAAAUAAGAAAUAAGAAACUCUUUAAUAGAUUUUAUAGGGAGCAAUAUAAUAAGUUAUUGAUUGGGCAUAAUUCUUAGUAGGUUUGAUAAUUGAUAAACCAGACUCUCCCUUUCCAAAAAUUUUAAUGCUUGAUUAAGAAUACUUAAAUUAAAUUAAAGAAGAGAGAAUGAUAAGAAUGCUUAAUUAAGAAGUAUUUAUUUUAAUAAUAAUUAAUAGAUUUAUCAAAAUGAAUAGAGAUGGUUAAUAUAUGAUGAGGAAUAAUCUGAAAUUUUAGUUGAAAUUUCAUUAAUGGUUUAAGAUUAAUUAAUUGAUGAAUGUUUAAAAGAUCUAUUACAGUUUUAAUGA